AUGAGCAAGAUCUCCGACUUUGACCUCCUCUCCUUCGACGUCUAUGGCACUCUCAUUGACUGGGAGACCGGCGUUUUGAAUGGCCUCAAGCCCCUUCUCCAGUCCAACAAUGCCGAAAUAUCUCGGGCAGAUCUUCUGAAGAUCUAUCAUGAGGCUGAAGUUGCUCAACAGGAAAAGACUCCUGACAUGGAGUAUUCUGAACUUCUGACCACCAUCCACCCUCAUGUUGCAGAGCGUCUCAGCUUCCCUAAGCCCACACCUGAACAAAACAAGGCCUUUGGCGAUUCAAUUGGAUCAUGGCCUGCAUUUCCUGACACUGUUGAUGCUCUUCGUCGACUCGGCAAACAUUACAAGCUCGUUGUUCUGUCUAAUGUCGACCGCGAGUCCUUCUCCGGCAGCAAUGCAGGUCCUCUUCAAGGCACUCCCUUUGACCUGAUCAUCACUGCACAAGACGUUGGAAGUUACAAACCUAACCUGAACAAUUUUAAGUAUAUGUUGCGGGAAGUGGAGGCCAAAUUUGGUAUUCCCAAGGAAAAGGUGCUUCAGACUGCGCAGAGCCAGUUUCAUGAUCAUCAGCCCGCAAAACAGAUGGGCAUCAAAUCAAGCUGGAUUGAGAGACCCGGAGCUAGUAUGGGCAACACAAAGGAUCCCGUAUAUAACUGGAAGUUUGCCACUCUUGGGGAUAUGGCUGAUGCGCUGGAGAAGGAACUUGCUGGCCAGUAA